AUGAAUUUUGACCUGAAGAACCCACAACAGGCAAUGCCCGCUGGCUACAAACCUUCUCCACUAGGGCCUCAUGGCUCUCCUCGCAGCUCUCCGUUUAGAAGACCAGAAUCUCCAGCAUCACCAUCAGCAGUGCGACAGCCCUCGACCCAAGUGACGCCCUUUGGGUCGCCGACGAAAGCAUCAUACGCAACCAACAACGGCCGCUUCGGCAACCCAACCACGCCGACCAACACGGCCGACAGCCGCACGCCUCGAGUGCGAACCCCGACUGCUGAGACCACGAUGGCCUCGCCACAGCCGCUCCGGCCGGGUCUGAAGAAGACAAUAAGCCACGGGAAUGCACUCUCGCAUCUGCAGCCUGCCCAAGUCAGGCAGCUCCGAGAAGGCUUUGAAGUCCUGGAUCGUGACAGUGACGGCAUCAUCAACAGGGAAGAUGUAGCGGACAUGCUCAACCAGCUGGGCCUGCCGUCCAGCGCAUCGGAUGUGUCACAAUUCUUCCCUCCAUCAACGCCUCAAACGAUGACAAUGGCCGCCUUCCUCAACUCCCUGGCAACCAUGUUAGCAUCAUUAUCGCCUCAGUCCGAGCUUCUUUCGGCAUUUUCUGCAUUCGACGACGACGACAGUGGGCAGAUAGACCUCGCCGAGCUGCGGGAUGCACUACUGCACACGGCUCCGGAGCCCGGCGAGCGACCAUUGACGGAGGCCGAGGUCGAAAAGGUGAUUGAGGGAUUCACAGGCAGAAGGGCGUUCAACCGCAACAUGCAGGGCGGGCUGGGCAACCGUCGUGAGGUCUUCAGAUAUCAAGACUUCGUCAACUCCAUCAUGGGGACCAACACGGCGUCAGAAGCGGCGUCGGCCGAGGGAUCUGAAGAUUGA